UAGUGAAAUCCUGUUCUCGAUGUAUUGAAGCCAGAGAAAGAAAAGCAAAGGAGUUUGAAACAGCAAACACUGGAAGUUGGCGUUUUUUAGGGGAGGCAGGGCUAAUGAGUGUUUUUAAGUAAGAUUGUGGCAGUUUUGAUGUUUUUAGUUGGAAUUAUGAACACUUCUUUUAGAGAAGUUUUGGCUGCAACGCCCGUCAUGCCUCAUUUGCCUUUGACAUUUACGGUCACUUGGAGUGAAACUGGUUAAUUCCCUCCAUCUGGAGAGGCUUUUUAACUUCUGAAUGCUACCUGUAGCUAAGGCCGCCGGCCACCAGAUGGCAGUCGUGCGUUGGUCAUGAAAAGCCGGCCGGUAACUUUCUUGAAAGCGAACUAGGAGCAGAAACAGCAUGUUUAUCAGAUCAACAGCCAUUGCGCAGGGGUGCCAUGAAGUAAAUGCUGUCGGCAUCCUCUAAUCUAAGAGGGUAGGGGAAAUGGAAGCACAAGAUGAAGUGGGUCGGCGGAAGCAGAAGUGGGCUGUGGAUCCGAGAAACACUGCAUGGAGUAAUGAUGACUCCAAGUUUGGCCAGAGAAUGCUAGAGAAGAUGGGAUGGUCUAAAGGAAAGGGUUUAGGGGCUCAGGAGCAAGGAGCCACAGAUCAUAUCAAAGUUCAAGUUAAAAACAACCACCUGGGACUUGGAGCUACGAUCAAUAAUGAAGACAACUGGAUUGCUCAUCAAGAUGAUUUUAACCAGCUUCUGGCUGCACUGAACACUUGCCAUGGGCAGGAAACAGCAGACUCCUCAGACAACAAGGAAAAGAAAUCUUUCAGCCUUGAAGAGAAGUCCAAAAUCUCCAAAAACCGUGUUCAUUAUAUGAAAUUCACAAAAGGGAAGGAUCUCUCAUCUCGGAGCAAAACAGAUCUUGACUGCAUUUUUGGAAAAAGGCAGAAGAAGAAGACUCCUGAGGAGACGUCCAGCCCUGCCACUCCAGAGGGGACUGAAACCACCACGACCACCAGUGCCUUCACCAUCCAUGAGUACUUUGCCAAGCGCAUGGCAGAGCGAAAGAACAAGCUGCAGGACACCGCUGAGGGGCCAGGUGUUUCAGAGACCCCCCUGCAGAGCAAAAGGGGAAAGAAGAGAAAGAAAGAGGCGAAAGACAAAAGUGUGGAAAAUGGCACCCAGCCCAAGGCCAAGAAGAAGAGAGCCCGAGCUGAGUGGCAGCUCGGAGACCCUGGCAGGGACGAGAAUUCUGGUGUCUCCGCUGAGGACAGAGAGGGUAGCAGGGAGGUACUCAGUGACCAGGACUUUCCCCUGAAGCCCAGAAGAAGGAAAGAAAAGAAAAAGCUACCAAAGCCGGUUGAGGCAGCAGUGGCCGGUAUGCUAGAGGAAACGCCAGUGAAAAAGAAGAAGAAAAAGAAAGAUUCUGAGUAAAUCUCUGAGCCAGGGCCUCCCGACCCCUCUGCCACCGGGGCUGCCGCGCCAGCUCCUCGGGCUCAGUCAGCAGGGCUCCCAGGCGCACAGUCCCCGACAUGCCCGGCCCCUGCCGUGUCUCGCCCUCGCCACAUUGUCCCACAUCCCAUUCCCAGAGCUGCUUAAUGUUCCAAGUCAUGGCUCUCAUAAACAGUACAUUUCUUUUAGACUCUGAAACCUUCAUGAACUGUGUUUCUUCAUAUUCGUGUGUGUGUGUGCACGCACGUGUGUGAAGGUCCACCACAGUCUGCAUUUGCUCUUUACUUCCUUUGGUAACAAUGAACUGUGCUUCCUUCUGAAGGACUUCGUCUAAUUAAAGGAUUAAGAGGCAAUAGUUUGGAUUCAGAUAGUCCUUUUUGUUCUAUAGCCAACCAAACAUUUUUGCCAAGUCGGUAUUACAUGAUUACAUUCCCAAAUCAGAGUUGAUUUGAUUUUUUUUUUUUUCUUUUUUUCUUCUCUAGGCCACACUCGCGGCAUAUGGAGGUUCCUAGGCUAGGGGUCCAAUUGGAGCUGAAGCUGCCAGUCUGCACCACAGCCACAGCAACACUGGAUCUGAGCCGCGUCUGGGACCUACACCACAGCUCACAGCAAUGCCAGAUCCUUAACCCAUUGAGCAAGGUCAGGGAUUGAACCUGCGUCCUCAUGGAUGCUAGUCAGAUUCGUUAACCACUGAGCCACGAUGGGAACUCCUGAUUUUUUUUUUAAUUGAAGUAUAGUUCAUUUACAGUGUUAUGCUACCUUCAGAAGUACAGCAAAGUGAUCCAGCCAUACAUACAUAUAUAUCUUUUUUUUUUUUCAGGAUUUUUUCCGUUAUAGAUUAUUACAAAAUAUUGAGUAUAGUUCCAUGGUUUGGUUUUGAUAGGCAAUUUGUUUGUGGCCCGCUCUCCCCCUAAGCAGUGGUGUCCAUAUAUUUUGAGGUCUUCUCCCCAGGACUACAAUGUUUAAGAAGUGAACUGACUUUCUAGCUCUCAUAGGAGGCCUCUUGCGGUUCCUCAGUGAGAGGUGGUCAGAUAUAUUUCCCUUUGGUGUUGUUGAGGACAGAGCCCUGAGAGUGGCCUUCUCCUUAUCUGGAACAAUCAGGAGAGCCUCAGAAGGUUUAAAAAAAAAAAAAAGGAAAAAAAAAGCUGAGGCUCCCUUCACUUAUGAAAUUAAUUUUGUCUAGAUUUGGCCCACCUUGUGAUGGUUCUUAAAAGUAUAAAUAUUUCAUAAAGAGUAAAAGAUACUUUCAGUCUUGCUCACACCACAUGGUAUCACCUCCCCUGUUUAUCCUGCCGUUGCCACACCCUGGCAUGUCUCCCUGGGAGCUGGUUAAACUCUCCCCCUGCGGCUUUCCCCGGAAAACUGCAGGCACCUUCACACUCUUUGGGGGCACAGAAUGAAUUUAAAAAAAAAAAAAAUUUGCUGAAGAUUUAAAUUGUUUCCUCUCUAUGCUAUUCUUUGCUGUCUUGAUCUCUUCUUUCUCAUCCUUUUGCCAUUUUUCUCCCUCUUCAUUGCCCCCCCCCCAACUUUAUUUUCACUUCCCGGUUUCCUCUUACCCUCCUGACUGCCUGUUCCCACUCCUGCUGCCACAGGUGGCCUGCUCCUGAUAGACCUGUCAAGGGCCAGGGGUGUGUGGCAUGUGGGCGGGCUGUGUGCUGCCCUCCGCUUGAUUCGUAGAUGCUACUGGAUAACAGAAGGAAAACUCACCACGAUCUGAUGAGCUUUUGCCCUUGAUUUUAACUUUGGAGGUCAUACAUACAUUAGAUACAAAAACAUGGCCCUGAGAGUUUUAAAACUGAGAAAAUGUAUGAAGAUGGUUUUGUUUUUAGUCUCCUGAGAAUUCCGAAUGGUGCUAAUUGUUUAAAAGGACAGGCACAACCUAAAGAGAAAAUUCUUAUGAAUUCAGAGCUGGGGUCUUAGUUUCUGAGUUUUAUUGUGGCCCUCAGACUUUAGAGGCCCAGGCAAGGUCCAAUCUAGUGAAGCACCCAAGAUUUUUAAAGUCACUUUUCUUCCCAGAGUGCACAUGCCCAAGUUACCUCUGCUCCUGCUUGUCCUAUCUUGUAUGUGAAGCUGGAGUUCCAGAAGAGGGUAGGCUGUAUGAAGCCUAAAGGGAAUUAUCUCUAAAAUCCAUAUGUAUACAGACUGGGUUUUGUUUGUUUUUUGCGUUUCAUUUAACUUUGUCAAUUAAAAUAAGAGCCAGGA